GUUUGGACGCUGGCCCCGGAAGUGGAGAGGGCGGGGUCAACACUGCCGAGUAAAGUCCUCUGACUUGGGAAGAUGCUGCUGGACCUUUCGGAGGAGCAUAAAGAGCACCUGGCCUUUUUGCCGCAAGUGGACAGCACGGUGGUCGCCGAGUUUGGGCGGAUUGCGGUGGAAUUCCUGAGGCGAGGCUCGAAUCCCAAGAUCUACGAAGGCGCCGCCAGAAAACUAAAUGUGAGCAGUGACACUGUCCAGCAUGGUGUGGAAGGAUUAACAUACCUCCUCACUGAAAGCUCAAAGCUUAUGAUUUCUGAACUGGAUUUCCAAGAUUCUGUUUUUGUUCUGGGAUUCUCUGAAGAAUUGAACAAAUUAUUGCUUCAGCUUUAUCUAGACAACAGAAAAGAGAUCAGAACUAUUCUGAGUGAAUUGGCACCAGACCUUCCCACUUACCACAGCCGAUGGAGACUAGAUGUACAGCUUGCAAGCAGAAGCCUCAGGCAACAGAUAAAACCAUCAGUGACUAUAAAGCUACACCUUAAUCAGAAUGGAGAUCACAACACCAAAGUUCUGCAGACAGACCCAGCCACUCUGCUUCAUUUGGUUCAGCAAUUGGAACAAGCAUUGGAGGAGAUGAAAACAAACCACUGUAGGAGAGUUGUGCGCAAUAUCAAGUAGUUCCAGUUUUCAGGACUGGAAUCACUGAAUCACUCACGUAUUGAUAAUGCGACAGUUACUUUUUUAAUUUUUUAUUAAUUACAGUGAUAAAUACAUAUAGUUCCCAUGAAAUUUCUUUUCUAUGACAAGAUAUUGAGGUCGUGAUCAAAGCUAAAGUUAAGGGGUGCCUGGGUGGCUCAGUUGGUUAAGCGUCUGACUCUUGAUUUGGGCU